CAUUUUGAAAAUCCUGCGCUCAAUCUGUUCACAAGCACCUAUUGAUGAACAACUCGAUCCUCUAACCAUCCAGUCCACCGCGUAUUGCGCCAUCAUUGAUCCUCACCGUUCGCCAAAUGUGUCUCCUUGAUCUUCCCACCUUGGAGCAAUCACCACCUCUACAGGGUGACCAUUGUAUUCAAAUCUACCACACAGCAGCACCCGUCUCACCGCAUGAGAAGACCCCAACUACAAAUUGCGUCGUAUCACGGUAUCUCCUUUCACAAUCUCUGAGGUUUGGCACUCACCAACUCGCGCCCGUUCUGCAUCAACAACAACAUCCCCAAAUAACAAUUCAUAUACAUAUAUCAUUGAUCACUUCGGCCUUUUAUUCAAAAAAACAUGGAAUCAAAUCAAAAUCAAGAUCAAACGAUAUCAAUCGAUUCAUCAUCUCAAUCGUCAACUCAAUCUAAAUCUAAUCAAUCUUCUUUGCCAAUUCAUUCAGAAUCAAAACCUUUGAUCAAAACAACAACAACUCCUAUUAUCCUUUUACGUCGACAUGAAAGUUCUCCUAAUCCUUCUUCUUCAACUCAACUUAAAUCAUCUGAUUUAAACUUUCAAAAUCAUCAAAAUCAUACUUUGUUAAUCAAUGGAAGAUCAAUUGAUAUUCAAAUCACUAAUCCUAAUUUGAUCUUUGGCUCUACUACUUCUCAUAUGAUCACUGAAGAACCUCAAUCUUAAACGAUAUCUCAUUCAGAUCAUUCAUCUACAUCCGCUCCAAGCCCUACCAUUUCUGAUAAAGGUGUCGAUUGAUUGGAUGCUACAGUUGUGGAGGCUAUGAUGACUGGUACAGUACAUGGAAAAUAAAUACACUUGCAAGCCGAAGUUGAAAUGGCUUGGUUUGUGACCUCAAUACAACAUUGUUGUUAUUGAGAUUGAUCUGAUUUUAAUCUUUCUGUCUUGAAUAAUACUAUCAUUCUCAAUCUCAAUCUUUUUUCAUGACUAUGUACAUUCAACUGCAUACUUGAUUUUUGUUAAUGGUUUGAGUUGCUUUUGGUAAACUUCAUAAGUUAGGUGGGAUCUUUAGGAAAUGCUCAAAGGGAGAAUCAGAGUGUUUUAUGAUGAUUUUCAUUCUUAUGAUUUCAACUAUCAUUUGGAUCUUUGGAUGUGAUUGAAGAUUGACUCUGUC